AUGGACAUUGGGAAUGGUUGGGCCGGGCCGGGACACACCGGCGCCACCAAAGAUACAACGAUAAUCAACAAGGCGAUGAUGCGGUUCCGGCCGAUUGCGCCCAAGCCCGUCGAUAACCAUUCGGGCUCGGGCUCUACGGCGGAGACAAACGUAGCAGAUGUCCUUGGAAAACGAAGGACGAAGAGAAAGUACGUUAGAGUUAAGAAAAAUACCAAGUGCAAAAAUAAAAAAGAAGAGAAGGAAAAAAGUGAUGGAUCGUUGGUGUUGGAUGAUCAACAAACUGUCGUGACUCUGCAACUACUUCCAGAAAGUAGUGGAGGAAUUAAAAGGUCCCCAGAGGACGACGUUAGAUCCUACCCAAAAACCAUCAAUUUUUUGGUGCAAGACCAGCCUACAUGGAUGAAUAGCAAUUUUUUAUCAAUGGGUGCACCGGAUCUAUCAGAUCGGACGUCAGUGGGCAUGCGAUCUCCGUUAGUUGUGGAGUCGUGUGUGAUGGUGGACGGUCUAGUUACAACCACUUUGGUAGAUUUAUCAGCCUUAGGGAAUACGGACAUGGAGAAGAUGAUGAAUCUGGAGUGUGACACGUGUCCAGGUUUUAUAUCGGAUGGUGUAGAUAACGUCAACUGGGUGAAUCUCGCGUAUCGGAGAAUGAUAGAUCCGCUAGAGGAAGGUGGAGAGGCGGCGGAGAUGGUGGUAAGGUUAGUAGUGAAGGAGAAGAAAACAGUACCAUUAUUAUUAUUGCCAGCUUUUGCAUGCACAGUAAGAGUUGUGUAUACAUGGAAUAAGGUGAAGAAGUCAAGGACAAUGCCUUGUGAUGUAUGGAAGAUGGACUUUGGUGGAUUUGCAUGGAGAUUUGAUGCUAAGGCUGCACUUUGCUUGGGCCGUUGA